AUGGGUUGGAAACCAAAGUUCCCGACCCCUGAGUACGAUAGUGCAGAUUGGCUCAAUUGGGGAUCUCAGAUAGCCAAGUUAUUGGAUCAUGCUAAGAUUCCCUAUGUGGCCUGCGGAGAUUUGAUGAACGUGCAUUACCAGCAAGUGGACAGGGAUAUUUCUAUUUCAAUUUGCUUCGUGGUUGCAGACGAUCGCCUGGAUGCCGCUAUACGAGCGUUGCGAGUUGCUGGUUUGUCCGAGGAUCCUUGUCCUGAACAUUGCUUCUGGGCUGAAAACCCAACUCACCGUUUAAACCCCUUUCCGCUCCCGUGGUCUGCCAGACACUUCCAUCGCUAUUUAGACUUCGAGUUGUGCUACCCUGUCGGUCUGCUCCGGAAGUCCCAGUGGCUCUGGCUCAUGCCCGAUCUUCCCCUUGAAUUUCCUGAGCCCAAUGACCCUAAUUUCAUCCUCUCUACAGACCGCCGGCUUCCUGAUUGGGAUAUGGAUGGUUAUGGCAACUCCUUCUAUCCCAUAAAGCUGCUCACUCCGGCGCGAUGGAUAGAGUCAUUGUUUAGCCUGCAUAUCAGAGAUUUGAGUGUAGUUCGAGAAUUUGACCUACGCUGGUACCAUCAUGUUGUGAAGUUCCAUGCACGACUUGCAAGACUACUUCCUCCGGAACUUUUUCAUAUUGACCUCAUUCAAGCACCUUUUCGCACCUUAUAUAUAGAGGAAGCGGACAUGCGCAACACAUUAAACUACAAGCACUUGUUGAUGGACAGGUUGUGGGAAGAAUGGCAGGAAGCUGGUUCUAUGCCAGAUCCCAUUCACCCGUUCAAUCACAAAAAGUAUAAGAAGAAAGUCAAGGAGUACAGAAGUGUGUGGUUAUACGAAGAUUGGAUUGCUGAGAUCAUGUCCCGUUAA